UCUGACGGAAAGGGGCGGGGAGAGAAUUCAUCUCACCGCGUGUGGGACCCCUCGCGUGCCGGUCCCAUUUGGGGAGGAGGGCGAGGGGAGCCGCGAUUGUGGUUUGCGGCCUCGCAGCGCCCUUCGUCUGCCAUGAGCGGCGUCGGGCGGUUUCUGCGCUUGCUAAAGCAGCGCUUUAUCGGGCCAGGGAGCGAGUUUGUAGGCAUCGACCACUUUGGAAACAAGUAUUAUCGGAUCCCGCCGCACAAAACUUGGGCAGGUCAGAACAUUAAAGAGAGAAGAAUUGUGAAAGCUGUCAAUCUAGAAGAAUAUCAGUAUGAAUCUGGAGCCAUUCCAACAGAAUGGGAAGCAUGGAUGAAGAAAAGAAGAAACAAUCCACCUACACUUGAGGAAUGUAUCCAGAAUAGAAACUACAGAAAAGAAAUGAAAGCUAAAGUUGAAGAUUUGGAUGAAAAAAGCAGCCUCCUUCAGGCCAAAGAGGAUCUUGAUGUAGGGCCACUUCAAACACAGAUUACAGGACAUGCAUCUGCUUCCAGCUACAGAAAGCCUGAACGCUCAGAAGACCCUGUUAGUACAGCAAACAUUCAGCCUGGAGCCUGGAUGCCUCCUGACCGUAAAAAAUAAAAGCCCCCCCCCCCCCCACUCCGUGCAAAGCAUCAGGAAAGAGGCAACAUUUGGUUAAUGAGCAACAUGAAUGAAGACACUUCCUUAAAAAUUCCAAGUUAUACUUAAAAGCUUAGCAGCAUUUUCAAAAUGCUUAGAUUCUGCCGUUUCUUGUGGAAAUGUUUAAUUGCUUUUUAUAAAAUGUCCCAUCUCUAAUUCUUUUGCCUCUUAAAUCAUUUGAUAAUGUUUUCAGUGAAGUUAUGCUUCAAUAAAAUUUAAUGCUGCCAUAAUCAUUACAGAUGGUGUAUUACAUGACUGUAUAUAUUCUAGCUGUUAAUUAAUGUUAAGAGGGUAUGUAUGGCAAUGCUAUGCAUGCAGUAUUCUCUUUAACCUGUUCAAACUAUUAUAACUUCUCAUAUUCCAAACUGCUUAAUGAAAUUUAGUCAUUCAUGAGAGUUCGCAGCUUCUCCUAACAUAUUAAAAUGAUUUGUUUAUGGAAGAAGAUCCAAAAUGUGCUUAUGAAAAGCUAUAUUUAUUUGCUAUUUUGUCUAAUAAGAUUUUGACAAGGUUCUAAAUGUCACUAAACACAAUAAAUAAUUAUUAGGACGGGACACAUUACAGUUAAAAAUUUCCAUUGUAAAUAAAUGUCAGGACUUGUGCAAGUUAACAAAACUAAUUUAAACAUUGUUAUUGUAAAGUAGAAAUUUAAUGUUUCAUAGUUAACAAAUCAGUAACUGUGCAAUCAUGAGCAUAUUUAAAUGUCCUAUAAUUUUGUUUAAAAUGCAUAUUUGUGCUUGACAUCCUUUGCAUCAGGCGAUGCAGUCACUAGUAGAGUUAUUAGCUUCCUAUCCUACAUAAUCCCUAACUUUAUUUUUAUACCAGUAAACCAAUGUUGUAGUCAUAAUUUCACCAAACCAAUGUUAUAGGUUAGAUACCUCUUUUAUGUUAUAAGUUAACUGGAUGUAAAAAAAUAGGCUUCAAAAUGUUACAAGAUUUUCAAAGAUGAGCCUAAGAAGCCUUGGUUUUUGAAGAGUUGAAAACAGGAAUUGACUAGAAAUAUAUAAAAGAAAUUUCAGGGUGCUAAUUAUUUGCCCACCAGACAUCAAUUGUUGCCUUCAAAGGCAAGGUAUUGACUUAAUAGGGAGCCAUAAUUUAGAAUGAGAAGCCUCUGUAGCAACUUUGUAACAGCAGCCACACAGGGCUUGCUACAGGGAGAAUAAUGCUUGUCAUUUGGCCUGAACUGGCCAAGAUUCCCUAAAAUUUGCCUUCAGUCUGCUUUAGCUGAACUAAUAAACAUGUGAGGGCAUUUGUAACCAUUGAUUCUGGUUGUUAAAAGACUUAGUGAUUGCCUACAUUCAUUCACUAUUGCUUUGUCCUCAGAGUGUAGCCACCAAGAA